GUCUGAUCAUAUGACCAUCAACUCGACUCCACUUCCUGAAACUCUGCAGCAGUGUCACACUGUCCAGCCUGCACACACUACAGCAAGACAUCCUCCCCUCUGAGCAGGAAACGAAACCGAGCCUCAGUUGAACACUAGCGUGUGUGUGUGUGUGUGUGUGGGUGUGUCUCUGUGUGUGUGUGUGUUGGAGCAGGCCCGGUGGUGCUGUGGCCUAAUGGCAGGUUUGAGGACCGGAGCUGGAGCGACAAGAACCUGGCAGAGAAGACACUCUGCAGCCGUCACACUCCUCGCGCUGCUGCUCACCUGUCGCGUCAGGUGUUCUGCACAAAGUGCCAAACCGAGCAAUAUCAUCCUCAUCCUCGCCGACGACCAGGAUGUUCAUCUAGGGGGAAUGACCCCUAUGAAGAAAACUAAAGCCUUAAUAGGAGACGCAGGAGCAACAUUUGUGAAUGCUUUCACAGUCACGCCGCUGUGCUGCCCCAGCAGGAGCAGCAUUUUGACGGGUCAGUACCCCCACAACCACGAGGUGAGGAACAACUCCCUGUCUGGGAACUGCUCCAGCUCUCUGUGGCAGAAAGGCCCCGAGUCCACGGCCUUCCCGCUCUACCUCAGCAAACAGAAGUACCAGACGUUCUUCGCUGGGAAAUAUCUCAACCAGUACGGGAAAGACGUAGGAGGCGUUGGCCAUGUUCCACCUGGCUGGGACCAGUGGCACGCAUUGGUGGGGAACUCGCAGUACUACAACUACACGAUUUCAGUCAACGGCAAAGAAGAGAAGCACGGCGACAGUUAUGAAAAGGACUACUUCACAGACCUCAUAACGAACCGGUCCCUCCACUUCCUGGACGACAGGAGCCCCCAGCAUCCGUUCUUCCUGAUGCUUUCUCCUCCAGCUCCUCAUUCCCCCUGGACGGCAGCGCCGCAGUACCAGAAGGAGUUCAACGACGUUAAAGCUCCUCGAGACGGGAGCUUUGACAAACCAGGGAAGGACAAACACUGGCUGCUGCGUCAGCCUGUCAACCCCAUGCCAGAAAGCUCACUCACCUUCCUGGAUAGUGUGUACAAGAAGAGGUGGCAGACCCUGUUGUCUGUGGACGACAUGGUGGAGUUGCUAGUCAAGAAACUUGAAAGCAUAAAGGAACUGGACAACACCUACAUCUUCUACACGUCAGACAACGGCUACCACGCAGGUCAGUUCUCUCUGCCCAUUGAUAAGAGGCAGCUGUAUGAAUUUGACAUCAGGGUCCCGCUCAUGGUCCGCGGUCCUGGCAUCAAACCUAACCAGACACUGCAGGCUCCAGUGUUGAAUAUUGACCUGGCUCCCACCAUACUGGACGUAUCUGGCGUCAACCUGUCUUCUGUGAACCUGGACGGGCAGUCUUUCCUCUCUCAGAUGGCGCCGUCGCUGCGUAAUGGCACCGCACGUCCCUUUUUCCUUGUUGAGUACACUGGAGAGGGACAUCUAAAAACAGAUCCUGCUUGUCCUAAACUGGGCCCUGGACUGUCUCAAUGUUUCCCAGACUGUGUGUGUGAAGACGCCUUCAACAAUACCUACGCCUGCGUCAGGACCCUCGACAAAGAACAUAACCUACAAUACUGCGAGUUUGCAGACAGCGAGUCGUUUGUUGAAGUGUACAACCUGACGUCAGACCCCCACCAGCUGGAGAACAUCGUGAAGAAGGUGGACCCGACCGUCCUGCAGGCGAUGAACCAGCGGCUCAUAAAGCUCCAGUCCUGUCAGGGGGACAGCUGCCAUAACAUCAAGUAAAGAAGAGGCACCUCACUGCAGGACGCCGCCAAACAGAGACUGCUUCAUACUCUCAGUGGAAGAUGUGGUCGGUUAAUCUGACUGUUAAGUCGCAGGCAACUUUUACCACAAGUAUGACAGUGGGAUCAGGCUUUUUCAUAUCCGUGUUUACUAUUUUUGACAUGUUCAAUAGGAAAAGCACAGGUGUAAGUAAUAACAAUGAAUGAUGGCUGGAUUCUAUUUAGCUGCUUCAGUUUCAGGGUCCUGGUAUUGUGCAUGCUGGCUCACUGUCACUCUGUCACGGUUUACUGGGACAUUUGACUAGAACAUGGCCAUUGUUAAAAGAGAGGUUUUUGGGAAAUACGCUUAUUCGCUUUCUUACUGAGUUAGAAUCUGCAGAUUGAUCCAACUCUCACGUCUGUACGAUAACUAUGAGAUGCAGCCAGCAGGUGGUUAGCUUAGCUUAGCUUAGCUUAGCAUAAAGACUGGAAACAGCUAGCCUGGCUCUCUGCAGCAGUAACACAAUGUGCCUACCAUCACCUCUAAAGCUCACCAAUAACAUGUUAUAUCUUGUUAUUUAAUUCUUCCAAACAGAAGUGUGAAAAUGACACAUCGCCGUUUAAGGGUGGCUUUCUGCCAGACUAUUUCUUGUGUCGGGAAAGAAGAAAUAGUGAAGUAACAUAAAACGUAGCUACUUUUACAAAUAAAACUAUUUUGUUGUACGGACUCUCCACCAGAAAGCGAACAAGCAUAUUUCCCAAACUGCUCCCUUUUUAAUGUUAUUAGUAACACCUGUGUUUUUCUUACGGUGACAUGUCAAAACUUUUAUUUGUUCUGUUUUUUUUUCCCCGAGCUGUGCUCGUAUAUCUAUGCUGAGUUUAUUAGUAUUUUAUUUUAGGAUAAACUCCUCACCCGGUUCAUAUUGGGAAGAUGUACCGUUCUGCCAGUCAGUCCAUACAAACUGCACUAUAAACUUACUUCUUUACUAUGUUCAGGGUUCAAAUGCCAUCCGAACAUUUUUGUUCUUGAUCGACACACAACCAAAGUUUCGCUGGUACGCUGUAGCUGUCAUUAAUCAAAUCAUCUCUAAAGGAAUAGUUUGGGAAAUGUAGAUGAGGAGGUCGAUGCCACUCUCACGUCUGUCUGUCCAUAUAAAGCGAUCACCAGGAGCUGGUUAGAUUAGCUUAGCACAAAGACAAUUUGGAAAAAGGGAGAAAACAACAAGCCUGUUCAAAGAUGAUAAAAACACACAGAGCAGCUGCUCGAUAAUCAACAUGUUAUAUCUUGUUUGUUUUUUAUUCAUGAAAUUAAUCAUUUUUUAUGGAGGUAUGUAGAACUGCUUCUUGAGUCUAGCACAAGAAACCCUUAAAACCACAACUUGUCGUUUUGGUUUCUGCACAAAUUCAACAAACAAUAUAACGUUUCGUGGCGCUGCAAUGUGGAUUGUGUUUCCUUUGCACAGAGCCACGUUGGCUGUUUCCAGUUUUUAUGCUAAGCUAAGACAAGCAGCUGCUGGCUUUAUCUACAAUCGUAUCGCACAGACCAGAGACCAUCUUCCCAUCUAACAUGAUGUCCAAAAACUAUGUGUUUUAAGGUGAACCUACGUUGUGCACGGCUCUGUUCUAUUGUUGAACUCAUACUUUUAUCUCUGCAGAACUUGAGUUGAAGCCGAAUGUCUUUCUCAGAUUAGAAGAAUGGACACAACUUUUAAAAUGUUUAAUCUUGAAGUUUGUUUAUUACAUAUUUUACAGUGUAUUAUUGUGACAUUUAUAUUGAGCUUUUUUAAACAGAAAGAUGGAAAAUGUGCUGUGAUACUUUUGAGACGUGAUGAGGAGGUUGUAAUUGAGAGGAAUUUGAGGGGAUAUUUCACCUGGUAAUAUAUGAAAUGAACGCUUUGAUCCUGUGUGCCUUGUGUUUGCACUGACGAGACUCACGUGCCUUAAAUGUGAAUGUAUUUGCACUGUGAUUAAAUAAAAAAAUAAAAAGAAGCAUUUAAA